AUGUCAAGGAUGAAAACCAAAUCACCUCAAGUUUGUUUACUAACUCUUCUCAGUUUUCUAUCACCACAAGUAUAUGGAUUUCAAGUACCAUUUCUUUGGACAAAUCCAUCAAGAUCCACCACAAAUUCUCAAGGAUCAUUAAAUUUUCAAAUCCAACAUGCUAUACAUAUAGGUACACAUCGGUAUCCUGGAUUACAUUUACAAAGAAAAUUUAAUAAAGAAGACCGGGAGGAGAUCGAUCUACGUAGUCUUUCAACAUCAUCAUCAUCAAACCCUUCUUCACCUAAUCUUUAUUCAUCAACCCAUCAACUCAUAUCAAAAAAAGGUAUUAUUUGGUCACAUAAUUCUACAUGGGAUCAAUGGAAUUCAGUAAGACGUCAAAACAUUUUAAUGGAUAGAUCUAGAAGAGGUUCAAAGAAUGCAACUCAAUCACUUCAGACAUUGGAUGCGGAAAACAAGUUGAUGGAAAUCGAUUGGAAAGGUUUAGAAAUCGAUUUACCUGAUCUUACUAACCUUCAAACGUUAAUUUCACUAGCUAAAAUGACAAAUAAUGCUUAUACGAUUCCGAAUGAUGAUAGAUGGACUGAUCCUGGAAAGAAAUGGAAUGUGUCUGAUUCGUUUGGAUGGGAAGAAGAUGGAUUACGUGGUCAUGUGUUUGCUACACCUGAUCAUAAAUCGGUGGUGAUCUCUAUCAAAGGUACAUCAGCUGGUGUACUAGGAAACGGAGGUUCAACCGGAGCCAACGAUAAAUUAAACGAUAACUUACUUUUCUCAUGUUGUUGUGCUCGAGUUAGUUGGAGUUGGUCAACCGUUUGCGAUUGUUAUUCAGGUCCAUAUCAAUGUCGACAACAAUGUGUCGAAAAAGCUUUAAUAGACAAAUCAGUAUACUUUUCAGCUGCAGUAGAUAUCUAUAAUGAUGUGGUGACCAUGUAUCCACAUGCAAGGAUAUGGUUAGCAGGUCAUAGUUUAGGUGCAGCUUUGGCUAGUUUAUUAGGUCUUACCUUUGGUGUACCUGUGGUGGGAUUCGAAAGUCCGGGUGAUCUUUUACCGGCUCGUCGACUUCAUCUUCCUUUACCUCCUGGUGCUAGUUUCGGUCAAGGAAAAGAAAUGAGUGCAGUCACUCAUGUCUUUCAUACAGCUGAUCCGAUUGCCAUGGGAACUUGUAAUGGAGUGAUUAGUACUUGUUCAGUGGCUGGAUAUGCAAUGGAAUCAAGAUGUCAUGUUGGAAAAUCUAUUAUCUAUGAUACGGUUGGAAAACUUAAUUGGGCAGUCGAUAUCCGAACUCAUUCGAUCAAAACUGUCAUUGAAAACAUCUUAAUACCAGAUUGGGAUCCCACUCCACCUACUUGUCAAAACAAAUCGAUCUUUGCUUUACGUUGGCCAUGGGGUAAACAUGAGAAUGGUACAGAACCAUGUGAAGGAAAUAAACCUAAGAAUUCAAUACCUGAAGCAAGUGUACAAGAAUGUGAAGAAGGUGAUUGUUUUAAGUGGGAAUUCAAAGAUGAUUGGGAUGAUGAAGCUUCUCUUGAUUGUUAA